UGAGCAUGUAUCGUGAGCAGCAUACAGAAUCUGCAGACUUAGCCUGCUAUUUAAGGUGUAGCAUGAGAGACUUGUGGGUAGGAACGCGUAUAAAGCGUUUGGUCAUGUUUGAUUCUUCGUCAGCUAUACCAACAACGCAGGCUUCGCAAAGCCCAUUGUAGUCUUCCUUUUCCGGACCACAAAGAAAAGUCAAACCUGAAGCGAUGCCGCGAACCAUUUUCAUUACAGGAGCAAGCUCAGGAAUCGGUGCAGCAGUCUCCAGGCUUUUCUUUGAGAAAGGGUGGAAUGUUGCCGCGACAAUGAGAAAGCCAGGGGAAGCAUCCGAGCUCAAACAGUUGGACGCUAGCCGAUUGCUACUAGAAAGACUGGACGUUGUCGACGCUAGCAGCAUACAACCAGCCAUCGACGCAGCCAUUGCGAAGUUCGGGAAGAUCGACGUCCUCUUCAACAAUGCUGGUUACGCGCAGUACGGCAUUUUUGAGAUGACAUCGCCAACCAAAUGCCGAGAUCAAUUCGACGUAAACCUAUUUGGAGUAAUGGAUGUAACUCGAGCUAUCCUACCACACUUUCGAGCUAGCGGCCAUGGAGGAAUCGUCAAUAUGGGUAGUGGUGCCGGCCUGUGGGGCUCGCCAUUAGGCACGAUGUACACAGCCAGCAAAUUCGCGCUGGAAGGCUUCACCGAAGCGCUCUCUUACGAACUCGCGCCAUUGAACAUCUUUGUCAAGAGCAUUGUUCCUACUGUUGGUGUUGGGGGAACCAAACUUGUGGAGUCGUCUGUUGCACAUAUCGCCAUGGACGAAGCCCUAGUUCCUACGUAUGGUGCGUAUAUGCAAGAGAUGGUCCCGAAACUCCAGGCUAUGGGUUCUUCUGGCGCGCUAGAAGUAACGGAACUUGCGCACAUUGUGUACAUUGCGGCAACAGACGGUACGAAUAAGGUUCGAUACGUUUGUGGAGCUGAUGAUUUUGGGUUUCUCAAGGCAAGAGUUGAGUCAAAGAGUGACGAGGAGUACAUGGCCCGUAUGCGUGCCUGGUUCAACUGAUUCCAGGAUCAUGCGGUAAAAGUAGAGAUAGAGCAGAACAAUGAAUAGACAAACGAUGGGAAGCUACAAAACAUUCGCAGCCUCGAACCGUGCCAAUAAUGUGCCACUGUUUCUAAACGUUUUUCAAUUCAUAAUGCUCGGUCUUCGAAGUUGAUAGUUGAAGCGGCCCGCAAACUCUGGGAUUAAUAGCCUGUUGACACCAGACUGAUCCGAGCGCGAUCCAUCGAUUUGACAUCUCGAUGUG